AUGAGGAAGAAAAAUCUCGGAAUAGUUGGACCUUGUUUAAGUUCACAAGAGGUAGACCUGGAGCAUGACUGUAAUUCACCUCAUUGAAUUAAGGAAUAUCUGUUGGUUUCUCAUCAAGUGACAGAUAUAUUAGACUCAAGGGAUACCAAGAAAUAACCUAAAAGGCAACAAGGAUAUUGAAAAACACCGAUUUCAUAUUCUAUGAAACUAGGAGACUUCUGUAAUCCUCAACCAAAAAAUAAGAGGAAGGGCUACCAAAUGCAGUGAUGGUCAAAUAGGAACCUUGGGAGGAUACUGUAAGGGGUACGCUGAGCUGCAGAUCUGAGACCCAGAACUCCGAGAAAGCUGGCAGAAUAGUGUUCUCCAAAUAAAAAUGCCUCGUGUAAAAGCAGCACAAGCUGGUAAACAGGGUCCUGUAAAAAGACAUCUUGCAGAACAGUUUGCAGUUGGGGAGAUAAUAACUGACAUGACAAAAAAGGAAUGGAAACUAGGAUUUCCCAUUGGUCAAGGUGGCUUUGGUUGUAUAUAUCUUGCUGAUACAAAUUCUUCAAAAUCCGUUAGCAGUGAUGCACCCUGUGUUGUAAAAGUGGAACCCAGUGACAAUGGACCUCUCUUUACUGAAUUAAAGUUCUACCAGCGAGCUGCUAAACCAGAGCAAAUUCAGAAAUGGAUUCGUUCCCAUAAACUGAAGUACCUGGGUGUUCCUAAAUAUUGGGGGUCUGGUCUACAUGAUAAAAAUGGAAAAAGUUACAGGUUUAUGAUAAUGGAUCGCUUUGGGAGUGACCUUCAGAAAAUAUAUGAAGCAAAUGCUAAAAGGUUUUCUCGAAAGACUGUUUUGCAGCUAAGCUUAAGAAUUCUGGAUAUUCUGGAAUAUAUCCAUGAGCAUGAAUAUGUACACGGAGAUAUCAAGGCCUCAAAUCUUCUUCUGAGCUACAAAAAUCCUGACCAGGUGUACCUGGUAGAUUAUGGCCUUGCUUAUCGAUACUGUCCAGAAGGAGCCCAUAAGGAAUACAAAGAAGACCCCAAAAGAUGUCACGAUGGCACUCUUGAAUUCACCAGCAUUGAUGCGCACAAUGGCGUGGCCCCCUCAAGACGGGGUGAUUUGGAAAUACUUGGCUAUUGCAUGAUCCAGUGGCUCAGUGGCUAUCUUCCUUGGGAGGAUAAUUUGAAAGAUCCUAACUAUGUUAAAGAUUCCAAAAUUAGAUACAGAGAAAAUAUUGCAGGUUUGAUGGACAAAUGUUUUCCUGAGAAAAACAAACCAGAUGAAAUUGCUAAAUACAUGGAAACAGUGAAAUUACUGGACUAUACUGAAAAACCUCAUUAUCAAAAUUUACGAGAUAUACUUUUGCAAGGACUCAAAGCUAUAGGAAGUAAGGAUGAUGGCACAUUGGACCUCCGUGUUGUGGAGAAUGGAGGUUUGAAAGCAAAAACAGUAACAAAGAAGCGAAAGAAAGAAAUUGUGGAAAGCGCAACAUCUAGUGUUGAAGAUAUGGAAUGCUCAAAUAUAAAGACAGAGGAGGCCAUACAAACCCGAAGUGUGGAGUCUCGAGGAGCAGUACAUCGAGGCAUGCCUCAGCCAGAGGCUAGCAGCAGCUGCUAUGACAGUACAAGAACUAGAAAGACAGUCCAGAAGUAAAUCAAAUCCUGUGAACCAAUUUUUCUUUUCUUUCUUUCCAUUUGGCUUUUUUCUCCUUUUCUAUUUUAAGUGUUUUAUUUUCAUGUCAGUCCUGGUGGGUUGGGGAAUUGAAAAUUAAAUACCUGUGUCACUGAAAAA